UUCACUCUGUCUCUGUCUCUCUCCCUCUCCCACAAAGCUUCGCAGAGAAGCUGAUGGAAAGAUCGGUUUUUUGAAACCCAAAACACCUCCGAUUUCUCCCGCUGAACUCCACCCCUCCCUCUGCACAUAUAUAUACGGGCUUUCUCGAUGCUCUCUGCGAUCACGCAUCCCCCAUUUUCCAGUGACGAUCUCUAGCUGUUUCGCGUGGUUUCCCCAGCUCGCCUUCGGUGUCCCCCCUCGUCGGCCGCAGUUCGUUCUCGAAAAAACCCGAGGAAUUCCUUCUUCGAGCAUGGUGAGAGUUAAGGAGGAAUACGAUGUGGUGGCGAGUCCAUCAUUUUUCAAUGGCAGCUGCGACUCGUAUCCUAAGAAAUCACUGUCCACUUUAUCGUACAGUUCCAGGAGGGCAAUUGGUCCAAUUAGGCAUUCAACAAGAGGAAGAUGGACAAAGGAAGAGGACAGAUUUCUUAUUGCAGCGGUGCAGAAGUUCAAUUGCAAGAAUUGGAAGACAAUAGGUCGGUGUGACUCUUUCCUCCAUCUCCCUCAAGAUUUACUUGAUUUUUUGCACAAAGAAUUGCUAGUUCUUUAUUUUGGUGGGGCAGGACCAUCAAGAGAUACGUAAUUGGCCAUCCAUCGUCAGAACUAGAUUAAGCGUAAUAUGAUGGUGUCAUUAAGCAUGAUAGCUUCAACAUAUUCAGACUAUUUUGUGAAUUCCUGCUGUGCUAAGUGGAGAUUUCUUGUU